GAGUUGUUCCUCUUGAGGGACAGAGCAGCGUCAGCAAUUGUUUAGCUAGUGGUGGACUUUCGCCAAUUAUCAGAUGCGGCGAGCACCAAACGCAUCAUGUUUUAAAGCUUGAUGAUCAUGACAGUGGUUGAUCACCAAAAGAUGUGGCCCCCUUUUUUGAUAAAAAAUGGAUGGUUGUGAUUGCUUCCCUGAUUCUCAUGCUGAACAAAGUCUCUUCAUUUUACUGAGAACAUGUUAAUGACUCUUUGGUAGCUGUAACAUGACUCAGGCUAUUGUAGACAUAUCGUAUUCAUAGCCAUUAUAUAAGGUUCUGCUAUGCGGCAGAAAGUCAAGUUUAAAGUAAAAAAGUAGAGAGAAGAAGCUGCUAUGUGUUUGCGCAAUAUUAUUUUGUUAGUGUCUUUAAGUAGAUGAUUUUCUUAUACGUAUUGUCCUUCCUUGAAACUGAGAGCUUGCAUAAUUGAUGAUAUCAGCACUGAUCUUUUUUUUUUCCCUUUAACUGAUAUGUUGCAAGGACAAAGUUAAUAUCCAUUUCUGGGUAUGUAAAUAUGGCUAAACCCACUAUAAAAUACACCUCCUUCCUUUGAGUCCUGAGGCAUUCAUUACCUCUCCUCCUCUUCUUCUUCUUCUUCUUCUUCUUUUUAUUCUUUUGUCUUUGGUUAAAGCUAAAAAAUGGAUGUAAUGAAGCUUGAUUACAACUACAAAGGUGGCAAUGCAUUAACAGAGCUCGAGAGGAUCACCUCGAAAGCUGCUGAAGUUCAAGAUAACAUUUUAUGUGGGAUCUUAGAAAGAAACAAGGACACAGAGUACUUGAGUAAGUACAUGAAAGGCUCUAAAGACGUUGUGGAGUUUAAACGAUCUGUGCCAAUCAUCACAUACAAAGAUAUCUAUCCGUACAUUCAGAGAAUUGCUAAUGGAGAAGACUCUUCUCUCAUUACUGGCCAUCCUAUUACUGAAAUAUUAUGCAGCUCUGGGACUUCUGCUGGAGAGCCAAAGCUAAUGCCAACCAUUUCUGAAGAUCUUGAUCGCCGAACUUUUCUCUACAAUCUUAUCAUUCCAAUCGUGAACAAGUACAUACCAGGACUUGACAAAGGCAAAGCAAUGUACCUGAAUUUCGUAAAGGCUGAAACAUCAACUCCUUGUGGUCUACCAAUCAGAGCUGUCCUCACUAGUUACUAUAAGAGCAAGCAUUUCCAGUGCAGACCUUAUGAUCCAUUCAACGACUUAACCAGUCCUAUCCAAACCAUCCUUUGUGAAGACAGCAACCAAAGCAUGUACUGUCAGUUACUAGCCGGUCUGAUUCACCGCCACAAAGUGAUGCGUUUAGGAGCUGUCUUUGCUUCAGCGUUUCUCCGUGCAAUCUCUUACCUCGAGAAGAAAUGGAGUCAGCUCUGUGAAGACAUCCGCACCGGUCGUCUCAACCCCAUGAUCACCGAUCCAGGGUGCCAAAUCGCAAUGUCUUGUCUUCUGACGUCGCCCGAUCCAGAGUUAGCUAGCGAGAUCGAAGAGAUCUGUAGUCGGUCGUCGUGGAAAGGGAUUCUGUGUCAUCUCUGGCCUAGAGCAAAGUUCAUCGAAGCAGUAGUGACGGGCUCAAUGGCUCAAUACAUACCAGCACUUGAGUUCUUUGGCCAAGGGAAGAUUCCAUUGGUUUGUCCAAUGUAUGCCUCCUCUGAGACUUACUUUGGAGUCAACGUGGAACCACUCUCCAAACCAUCCGACGUAGUUUUCACUCUUUUGCCUAACAUGUGCUACUUCGAGUUUAUCCCUCUCGGGAAAAACGGGGCACUCUCUUUUGAUCUAGACGAUGAUGAACAAGUCCCGUGUGAUAAAGUCGUUGAUUUGGUCAAUGUCAAACUCGGUCGCUACUAUGAACUGGUCGUCACAACUUUCGCAGGAUUGUACCGAUACAGAAUCGGCGACGUUCUUCAAGUGGCGGGUUUCUACAACGAAGCACCACAGUUCCGGUUCAUCUGCCGGAGAAACGUAGUUCUAAGCAUCGACUUAGACAAAACCAACGAAGAAGAUCUGCACAGGAGCAUAACGUUAGCCAAGAAGAAGCUUGGAAGCAACGCAUUCCUGGCGGAGUACACGAGCUACGCGGACACGUCAUCAGUGCCAGGCCACUACGUGCUAUUCUGGGAGAUCCAAGGUCAUCUGGAGCCGAAGCUGAUGGAAGGGUGUUGCGUUGCGGUCGAGGAAGAGCUGGAUUACAUAUACAGACAAUGCAGGACGAAAGAGAGAUCGAUAGGGGCGUUAGAGAUCAGAGUGGUGAAACCAGGAACGUUCGAGAAACUGAUGGAUCUGAUUAUAAGCCAGGGAGGGUCGUUUAAUCAGUAUAAAACGCCCAGAUGUGUUAAGUCCAACAGUGCAACGUUCAAGCUCUUGAACGGACACGUAACGGCUUCUUUCUUUAGCCCUCGUGACCCGACUUGGGUCGCGUGAUCCUCAAGACUUUUAUAAGAAAGAGCUUUAAUCAUUACUCUGUGACUGUAAUAACCAUCCGAUCGGAUUCGCUGUUUUAAGUAAUUUUAUCGACUUACAACGACAGUCGUUGCUUCACCGUCA